CAGUCAGCUGACAGUGAGACAUCAUAAAGGGAUCAACAACCCAUCGCCUGCAGUGCGUUGCAGUCCUCUCAACUAUACAGCACACACAGAGAAACGCAGACAGACGAGCCGGAAAACAGCGGAGUCAUGCUGUUCUUAACGCUACUUUUUGUGGCUUCAGCUGCUGCCACCCCCCUGCCGGGCACUGAGCAAUGUGCCCGCGGCACCUCCUACUGGUGUCAGAAUGUAAAGACUGCCUCUCUGUGCGGAGCUGUGGCUCACUGCCAGCAGAACGUGUGGAACAAGCCCCAGAUGAAAUCAGUGCCAUGUAACCUGUGCAAAGAGGUGUUGAUGGUGGUGGAGCAGAUACUGAAGGACAAUGCCACUGAGGCUGAGGUUCUUGGGUACCUGGAGAAGGCCUGCCAGCUCAUCCCUGAUCAAGGUUUAACCGCAGAGUGCAAGGAGAUGGUGGAUAGCUACUACCCCAUCCUCAUGGGAAUCAUUAAAGGAGAACUGGAGGACCCCAGUGUUGCGUGUGGAGCCAUUGGGCUGUGCCAGUCUCAGCAGCUAGCCCUCGCUAAGGUCCAUGCCAAGGAACAGCUGGUGUCUAAUGAGAUCCCUCAGGUGGACCUGGCUCAGAAAGUGUCUCCAUUCCUGCUCAAUAUCCCCGGGCUCCUCUAUCCUCAGGAGAACCUCAAGAAGGAGGCCCCCAAAAAAGAGACCCCAAAGCUGGAAAGUGAUACUGUAUGCCAGGACUGUGUCAAGUUCCUGGCUGACGCUCAAGCAGAAGCCAAGAACAGCUCCACAUUUGUCGACUCUCUGAUCGAGAAUCUUGAGAACCAGUGUGACCUGCUGGGACCCGGUGUUUCUGACAUGUGCAAGCAGUAUGUGAGCCAGUAUGCCCCGUCUGUUAUUCAGGCGAUCUUGUCAAUGGAACAGCAACCCAAGGAUUUCUGCGCCCACGCUGGCUUCUGCACAGCCAUGAAGAAGUCCAUUCCCAUGAUGAACCUGCAGGCUGCCAAGACUGUCCCUGCUGUCGAGACUGUCCCUCGCAGGCUUUUCCCUGCCACCAAGGUCGAGUCUAAGCCUGCCAUGGUGCGUGUCCGUGACUCUCCAGGGUGUACCAUCUGUCAGAUGGUGAUGAAACAGUUGGAGGCUAUGCUGGAGGAUCAGAAAACAGAGGAGGAAGUGAUUGCUGCUGUGGAGAAGGUGUGCACGUAUCUGCCCGGCUCCCUGUCGGCCCAGUGUAAGGACCUGGUGGAGACCUACGGCCAGGCCAUCAUCGAGCUGCUGAUGCAGCAGGCCGACCCCAAGACUGUCUGCACCGUGCUGGCCCUCUGCAAUGAUGCCAGCCGGGCUUUUGUCCCUGUCCUCAACCUGACCCACUAUAAGGCUGGCGGAUACUGCCAGGUCUGCAAGCUGGCUGUCGGUUACAUCGAUGGUAUUUUGGAGAAGAACGCGACGGAGGCACAGAUUGAGGAGGCAGUGAAGAAAGUGUGCAGCUUCCUGCCCGACUCUUUCCAGACCGAGUGUGACCAGAUGAUCAAACAGUACGAACCAAUGCUCAUCCAGCUGCUCCUCCAGAUGCUCGACCCCGAUUUUGUGUGCAUGAAAAUGGGAGCCUGUCCUGAAGCAGUGCGCAGGCUGCUGGGAACAGAGCAGUGCAGCUGGGGUCCUGCUUUCUGGUGCAAGAACAUGGAGACAGCAACUCGGUGCAAUGCUGUGAAUCACUGCAAACGCCAUGUGUGGGUAUAAAGGAAGAAGAAGAAGCACAAACUGACCAGUAGGGAAUCAAAUGAAAAUAUACUGGAGUGCUGCUUCCUGAUUUUUAAUUUGGCCCUUUUUUUUCCUUUUUUAAUAAAUGCAGUUUAUGUAUAAAUUAACUUUGAUAUUUCAAAUGACGCCAUGGUGUAAAGGGACUGGAUAUUUGAUUUUGUUACUACUUCACUGAGACCCGAGUCAAAGGUUCCCUGUCGGUACCUACCGAUGUUUCCUGCUGGGUGUGAUGUAUGGAAGACCACAUGUUUAAUGUUGAUGCAGCAUCAGACCCACCCCCCCCAUCUGUAUUGCUUCUUUCCCCCUGGAGAAAUUGAGUGGGCUCAGGAGAGACCCGUCAGUGUGUUGCCUAGCGAUACUUUUAGCAGUAUGUCUGAUCCUUAGACACAUUUAUAUUUUGUAGACAGAAUGUGUGUUCUUGUUUUAAGGAUCUGAUAUGGAGGUCAUUAAUCUAAAUGCGUACUACCUCUCCCUCGGCUCAUUGUUUGCACUCUUCCAGCUGUUUGUAAAUCACUGUUUCUAAAUGCAGAGAGCAUCUCUAAUUCAUUUGUUGUCUGCCUCAAACCCUGAGACCACUGUCUCUCGAUCGUACAUUUUAACAAUUAAAGUGACACCAAUCCACUCUA